AUGAAGUUCCUUGUCUUCGCCGCCCUUUUCGAGGCCCUGGCCGUCUCGGUUACUUCGGCCUACCCUAUCACCGGCAGCGUCGUCAACUGCCGCACUGGCCCUGGCACCUCCUACGCCGUCAAGAAGUCCUACAAGCUCAACGACGACGUUAAGAUCAGCUGCCAGACCUCGGGCACCUCCGUGAGCGGCAACAACAUCUGGGACAAGACCCAGGAUGGCUGCUACGUCGCCGACUACUAUGUCCGUACCGGCGUGAACGACUACGUCACCGGCAAGUGCUCGACCGGCGGCGGCGGCAGCACCAUCCCGGGCCCGCGCACGGACGACUACCCGUACAAGUCCAGCUGCGGCGGUGUCGACAAGUGGAACUACUACAAGUGCCAGUGCACCUCCUUCGUGGCGUGGCGCAUCAACUCCCGCCUCGGCAUCAACUUCCACAACCAGUACAAGGGUACCAACUGGGGCAACGCCAACACCUGGGAUGAGGCCGCCAAGCGCACCGGCGUGACCGUCAACAGCACCCCCAAGCCCGGUUCCAUCGCCCAGAGCAACGCCGGCGGCUACGGCCACGUCGCCUGGGUCACCGCCGUCGGCACUGACACCGUCACCGUCGAGGAGUACAACUACGGCAAGCGUGAGGCCUACGGCACCCGCACUGUUGCCAAGAGUUCUUUCAACUACAUCCACAUCAAGGUUUAA